AUGCUUAUAAGUUCAAUCAUUACUAUUUGCUUAUUGAUCUGUGUACAAUCUCAAUAUAUCACAUUGCCACCGUUACCAUAUAACUAUGACGCACUGGAGCCAAUUUUGUCGGAGAAAAUUAUGCGUCUUCAUCAUUUAAAACAUCAUCAGACAUACACAACUAAAGUAAAUACGGCUAUUGAAUCAAUAAUAAAUGAGACGACUGACAAGGACUUAAUUAAAUUGAUGAAAAGUGAUAUUAACACCAUAUUAACAAAUUUAAAUCAAAUACCACAACCAUAUCGUCAAACAUUACGAAAUAAUGGUGGUGGAUAUAUUAAUCAUAAAUUAUUUUGGCAUUUAAUGACCAAACCAACAUAUAUCAAUGAAACAAUUAUCGAACCACAACCAGAUGGAAUAUUAUUAAAUGAAAUCAACAAUAAAUUUCAAAGUUUUACCAAAUUUAAAGAACAAUUUACAAAUAAUGCAAUUAAUCUCUUCGGUUCAGGUUGGACAUGGUUAAUGGUUAAUGUUUCCACUAAAGAAUUAGCCAUAAAUUCAACAGCCAAUCAAGAUAGUCUUAUUAUGGAAAAUAAAUAUCAUGUUCCAAUUUUGGGAAUAGAUGUUUGGGAACAUGCUUAUUAUCUAACUUAUGAAAAUCGACGAAAUGAAUAUGUCGACAACUGGUUUAAAAUUAUUAAUUGGCCAUAUGUUCAAGAAUUAUACAUGGAUGCUAUAGGUCAACAUAUCGAUUUAUAA